UCUUCUUCUUCUUCUUCUUGUUCUAGGCUUUUAUAUUUAUUUACUAUUAUAUAUAUAUAUAUAUAUAUAUAUAUAUUCACAUCGACUUACACUAACACACACCCCCAAAACCAAAAAGAAUUGAAAGGAAACAAAAAGAAUCACAUUUGAUUUCAGUUUUCAGAUGAGGGAGCUCAGAAGAAGAAAAAGAAGAAGAGGAAGAAGCAGAAAAAGAAGAUGUUAAUAAAAUCGAAGAAGACGAAAUGGGUUACCCUUUCCCUCCUCACUUUAUCCGUCGUUUCUCUGUUGGCCCACCUUUCUGUCACCAAGUUUUCCACUGUCAAUUUGGUCCAGUACAGUGCCAUGGCCGCCUUGCGUGCCGAUUUUGCUAAUGUCUUAGGAACACCAACACAGAUUAUUAGAAAUAAAAAGAAGAUAUGGGGGCUUGUCCAGUCCUUACAGCCUUUGCAACCUUAUGCAAACCCCAGAAGCAGCAGCAGCUAUCCUGUUCCAAAUGAGCAGAGUAAUGGUUUCAUUUAUGCAAAAAUUUUUGGUGGGUUUGCCCAGAUUAGAUCCUCGAUAUGCGAUCUGGUCACCAUAUCUAGGCUUCUAAAUGCUACACUAGUCAUUCCAGAGAUUCAAGAAAGUACCCGCUCAAAAGGCAUUAGUUAUAAAUUCAAGAGUUUUUCAUAUCUCUAUGAUGAGGAAGAGUUUAUAGCAUCACUCAAAAAUGAUUUAAUCAUUGUGAAGAGCCUGCCUGACAAUCUAAAGGCAGGAAGGAAAAGGAAUGAAUUUCCUAAUUUUAGGCCCAAAAGUUCAGCUUCUCCAAACUAUUAUAUUGAAGAAAUUCUACCAAAGUUAAAGAAAGCCAAUGUUAUUGGAUUGGUGCUUAAGGAUGGUGGAUGCCUGCAGUCCAUACUUCCACCUAGCAUGGCUGAGUUUCAAAGGCUUAGGUGCAGGGUUGCCUUCCAUGCACUUCAAUUCCGGUCAGAUAUUCAGAUUCUUGGACGUCAGAUGGUGGAGAGGUUGCGAGGAUGGGGCCAACCUUUCCUAGCUUUUCAUCCUGGCUUACUAAGAGACACCUUAGCGUAUCAUGGUUGUGCCGAACUAUUUCAGGAUGUUCACACUGAAUUGAUUCAAUAUCGGAGGGCACAGAUGAUCAAGCGAGGAAUUGUUAAUGAGGAACUAAGCGUGGACUCUCACUUGCGUAGAGAAAAUGGUUCAUGCCCCCUCAUGCCUGAAGAGGUUGGAGUUCUCCUUCGUGCCAUGGGCUACCCUCCUAAAACAAUAAUAUACCUGGCAGGUUCUGAAACUUUUGGUGGUCAGCGUGUUCUGAUCCCUCUGCAUGGCAUGUUUGCCAACUUAGUGGAUCGUACUUCCCUUUGCAGCAAGAAAGAGUUAUCUGACUUGAUUGGACCUGAAACACCUCUUCCUCUAAAUCUUUUCCAGAUGCCUCCAGCCAAAAGUGAGAAAAAACUUAAAGAAGAAUGGAAAAAGGCUGGUCCCAGGCCUCGGCCCCUUCCUCCACCUCCUGAUAGACCUAUCUAUCGACAUGAAAAAGAAGGCUGGUAUGGUUGGAUAACAGAGACUGACACAGAGCCAGACCCUUCACCCAUGGAUCUGAGACUGCAGGCACACAGGUUAUUAUGGGAUGCUCUUGAUUAUAUGGUCUCUGUGGAAGCAGAUGCAUUCUUUCCUGGUUUUAACAAUGAUGGCAGUGGAUUGCCAGAUUUCUCAAGCUUAGUUAUGGGACAGCGAUUGUACGAGACUGCUUCUUCUAGAACAUACAGACCAGACAGGAAAGUUCUUGCAGAACUUUUCAACAUUACACGUGACAAUAUGUACCAUCCCAAGCAUAAUUGGACACGCCUAGUGCAGGAACAUCUUAACAAAAGCUUGGGUGAGGAAGGUCUCAUAAGGCAGUCCUCCUUGUCUAAACCAGCAUUAUUCCUCUCACACCCACUCCCGGAAUGCUCUUGUAGAAUAUUUUCUGCUGAGGUUCCAACUCAUGUAAAAGGCAAUGAUGGUCGAAUUCUGUAUGGAGGGGAAGAUGAGUGCCCCAAAUGGAUGCAACAUGGUGAAAAAACUGUUUCCCUUGAGUCAGCUGAGGAAGGAGGUAAAUUGGAUGAAAAUGAAUCCCUGGAAUAUGAAGAUGAUCUAGAUAAACAACCAGAAUCUUAUGAAAGUGGUGGCAAAAUUAAUGUCACUCUGGCCUGGGAUCAGGAUGAGGAAAUGGAUCCAAAUGACUAAAAAAUUGGACAUGCAGAUGAUUUAAUCUUCCUUUUUACCAUUUCUGAUGCCAUUCCCGGCGAUUUCUUCUGGAUAUAAGUUUUGGAGGUAGAGGUUAACAUGCAAAAGUGAUUUUUUUUUUCUCUUUUUUCUUUUUCAUUUCACUAUUCCAGAUAAAAACUUUUGAGGGAAAUUAGCAUUCAAAUUAUUCUUUUAUGUAGAUUCAAUGGAUCUCUUGCAACAUGAAAACAAAAAUAUAUUCAUACCUUCAUACAUUAAAAAUCUUUCAAAGUUGAUGAUUGGGUGAAGGAUUGGUGAAGUUAGGGCAAGCUGAUAACAAUUUGUAGCACAAACAAAAUGUGUUACUUCUGAAGAUCUUCACAGGGGAAGUUUGGGGGUUGGAUAGUUCUGUAAUAAUUUUUGAAGCACACAACAGAAAGGAAAACGGCAUACUGAUUUUCUUAUUCCAGUUGUUACACACACACACACACACACACACGCACUCUCUCUCCCAGUUGUGUUGAUAUGGGAUUAUGUCCAGUCAGUUUUAUCUGAAAGUAACGUUGUGUAUUUGUUGUAUUGAAAUUUUUAUAAUAGUUUUUAUGGCAUGACAAUUUACAACAGUAUAAAGCUCCCAUUGUUGCUCA